AUGGGCCCCGGCUUCAAACGCGUCUACCAAGCCUGCGAGAACUGCCGGCGCAAGAAACAGCGCUGUAACUUAGGAGACCCGGCCAGCCCCAAGCCGCCGUGUGAUACCUGCCGCAGGGCAAGUCUACCAUGUGUGCUCCCUAAGAAGAAGCGGAAGGGCCGUCCCCCGAAAACGGCUCGCAGCGGGCUCGCAAGUGGUAGAGGAAGACGUGAAGUUGCGAUUACUCCACAUCCACAUCCUGAUCAUAGCGCAGAUGGCGAUACCGCGUCUCACCCCGCUUGGCAGGCGUCUAUGGGCUCGUUCGAGCCGGUUGUUGAGACCCAUGAUGAUGUCUCUAGCGCUGGGAGUAGUUUCGAGCAAACAUCGACGAGCUACGAUCAGCAGAUAGCCAGUCAGCGGUUGGCGAUGUUUCCAUUGCGGAAUACAUCAGACGCCAUAAGGCUUCUAGACCAGGCAGACGGGGAAUCACCGCGAGAUGAUCAAUGUCCGAAUACACAGGAUGCACAGCAGGAUAAGGAGCAUCAAACUCCAGGCGAAACAGCAAAUGUCCUAGGUUCUAAUGUUUCUGGUCCGCCCUUCUUCCUGCUUCAAGAAGGCUAUAUCGACGAAACAACUCUAUUUAGACUGUUCAGUUUCUUUGUCCGCUCUGUUCAUCCGGUUACGCCAUUGAUACCGUAUAAACGGAUGCAGAUUACACCAAAGCAUGUCCUGAAAAUGGCAGGCGAAGAGAGGCAUUUUAUGGCUGCAAUUCUGGUGGUUACAGCUUCUCUAGCGGGUGAUCAGGCAUUGCAUGAACGGUUGUGGCAGAGGGUGCAAAGCAUCUUUGCGGAGGUGGCAAUCAAAGGUGUAGAUGCGUCUAUAGAGGUUAUUGAGGGUUUGAUAUUGCUUUCGGAAUACCCCCCGAACAUGGGCCAUGGCACUGGACUUGGCGAUGAAGAUCGAAUGUCGUGGAUGACUGUUGGAACGGCUGUAAGGUUAGGAUAUCUCUUAGGGCUUGAGAAAUUGGGCAUGCAAGCAGAGGAUUUGGAGGAGAAACUAGCCCAUGAUCGCGACAGGGGAAAGGUCGCUUGGAGCUGCAAGUCUUCUACACAGCCUGGCCCUGGAAUGACGCUUCAGCAUCUACACGUGGACCCUGCUGAAGACUUUCCUGAGAUGCGCGACAUACCUGGUGUGCAGGACGACUAUGCUGGGUAUUUGCAGUGUCUCGUCCACAUCACGCAGGUGCUUUCCAAUGCCCACGACCUCUUGUAUCCCUCCAAGAGCCGCUCGGCAGCUUUGGCAAAGGCUGAGCACUACUAUAAACACGUCGACGAGUUUACAGAGACGCUAUCCGCGUUCCGCAAUCGAUGGCAGAAGAAGACGUGGCGGACUUAUCCUAUUAACGAAUGUGUUUGGAUAACAUUUCACCAUCUCCGGCUAUAUAUCUACUCCUUCUCCUUGCAAGCAUACAUGCAGCGGGUUUCUGGUGGAAAUGACACACAUCGCCCUUUGAAUUACUUCCCAACAGGUCUCAUGGGAUGCUCUGAUGCUCGUUUUAUUAUUGAAGCCAUCAAUGCAGCGGCAGACGUCCUCCGCUUAGCAAUAGGCAGGCUCCAUCCUUCAAAAGCCCUAUCAUACCUGCCACUCCGAUUCUUCCUCUACUUCAGCCACGCAGGGGUAUUCCUCCUCAAAGCCGCCGUGAUCGUCCCCCUCCCAGCAUCCCAGAAAAGAGCCAUCCUACGCCUAAUCCGCGCACUCACAAAAUGCAUGGCAACAGCUUCCUCAGACCCUAAGCAUCCAGGAGUCCGAUACUCUUCCGCCCUGCACAGUUUACUAGGGCGUAUAUACCGCGACCAAGAUCUGCAGACUCCAUCUCUUACCCGUCCAUCCUCGCCGCGGCCGACUGCAGACACCAGCCUUAACUGGUCCGACUCAAUGUCUAACAAUCUACUAGCUAGUACUGUGGAAAGCGAGAACAGUCUUCCUGCUUUAUUGGGGAACAGGGAGUCUUCGUUCGUGCCCGAACAGCCGUUCCAGGGUCUGGCGUCUGAUAUUGAUGCGCUUUUUGGCCUUGCGUCGGAAGAGUCGCCUUUAAACUCAGGUGCUGGUGGGCCUUUACCUUCCGAGCCCUUUGUGUCACUGUUUGGGAAUGAUGAUAGGGAGUUUUGGGAGCCUUUUACGUCGGGGGUUAUGGAUUGGAAUAUGGUUUAG